AUGAAGUUCCUGUCCCCUCUCCUCGUCUCUGGCCUACUCGCCUCCUCGGCCGUGUCCGUCCUGGCCCAAUCGCCCGGUACGAAGGUGGUGAAGAACAUUCACUUCGACAACUACGGUACUUUCUCCAUCCAGAGGGACGGACUCAAGCACCUCUUCAUGUUCGAUGCCGACGAUGGCACCGUCGCCCACUCGUGGACGCUGGCCGAGCGCAAGGGCACCUCGUGGCAGUAUGUGAUCGGCGUGAUGAGCACAGGCUUCGGGGCCUAUGCCAACAAUGACGUCCACCGGCUUGGCGUCUGGGACGAGCUCAACUCGCCCCACCUGGACUUGACCAGGUACGAGAUCGUCUACAUGAACUAUGGCAAGGACACGCCGCUCCCCAUCAACAGGCCGUUGCAAGUGCCCCACAACUGA